AAAAUAUAUAUAUAUAUAUAUAUAACUAACUUAUCAAAAUCACAGCAUUCUUUGAGGUAUUCGUACUAACUUCUGUAUUCUAAGGAAGAAACACUUUAUUAAUUCUAAAAACAGGAAGGUUAUUCAACAAUGCCUUUUCGUCGUCAUGCAUAUGACUUUAUGUUAGACGAUGGAUUAGAUACACGCAUACCUGUGUACAGUGAUGAAGUCUUUAAACAGGGGAUUCAUUUUUGCGCUAAGUUUGUCGGUGGUAUGGAUAUACCAAGGCCACAGAACCGUCUUGAAAUUGUUUCGUCUAUGCGCAGAAUUAGAUAUGAAUUCAAAGAGAAAGGCAUCAAGAAACAAAAGGUACUUAUCAAAGUUUCAGCUGACGGUGUAUUUGUUUAUCUAAGGAAAAAACCUAAAUUUGGAAUUCGUUGGCCAGUCUCAAGAACAUUUAUCUCCUCUUCGCAAAUCCCUAGUACACGAGUAUUCAGUGAGAUUUUGACUACAGAUACAACAUCAGUUAAGGAAACUAAUGGUGCAGUCGGAGAUUAUGAUGCCGUUUCAGCAGCUGGUAGCGGUCUGCUUGGUUUAGGGCUAAGAGAUACAUCUAUGCUUGAUUGUAUGCAUCAAUCGAAUCUUUUAUUAUAUCAUCCAAUAUAUAGAAUCUUCUACGUAUCACACGAUUCACAGGAUUUGAAAAUAUUCAGUUACAUAGCAAGGGACAGUAGGACCAGUGUAUUUAGAUGCAACGUUUUCAAAGCCUAUAAAAAAUUGCAAGCUAUGCGAAUAGUUCGAACAGUUGGGCAGGCAUUUGAUGUAUGCCAUAGAAUUGCCUUACAAAAACAGGAACAACAGACAGACGCGAACGAAGACAACAACACUGCGAGUAAUAAUAACGACGAAAAAGAGGAACUUGUUGAAAAACCAGUUAAGUCUGAUAAGAAAUCAAGCAAUACUGCUAAUUUGAGCAACAAGUCAGAUGAAUCAGCUAAACAAAAGAAACACAAUGGUGAUAUCAGUAAGCAUAGAAAUAGUUCAAAACACGCAUCUAAAAGUGGUACAAAACGGAAACGACCAAAAUCUGUUAACUCAAAAGGCGGCAGCGGUUCUUUAUCUCAGACACGUAAAUCAGAUAGCCAUAAAGAAAAGAAAAGUGCUCAUGACACUGACACAAACGAUGAUGAUGAACAUAAUGAAGACAUAGGCAAACACCAUAAAGAUGACGAAGCAAAAUCAUCGAAGCAUCGUAAAUCCAAGGAUCUUUUAAGUGAUUCCGAUAAAAAUGAUGAAAUGCUGAUUGAUGUUAAACUUGCUGAUUUGAUAACACCAUCAACUGAAACUGUCGAACUGAUAAAUAUUGACAAUGACAUGAGUAAAUCAAUAGUAAGCUGUGCACACAGUAAAGCCAGUUUACAAAGAAAAACUACAAAUAAGUCUAAAACAACUUCACAUCAUAAAUAUGAUGGCCUAAAGAAGUCACCUAGAAAAAAGCACGAUUCUCGAUGUACAAGUAUUUCAGACUCAGAAUCUUCAGCAUGUAGUCAAAGUCAUUCACGAGGUCAGUCAGAUUCAUCUAAGUCUUCGGAAGAGUCAGCUUCAUCAGAUUCUUCUGUCGGUAGUCAUGCCAUGUCGUACCAUUCAGCAUCACAGGCGAGUUCACUUAGUUCCGUGUGCUCAGGCGAAAAGAUAAGAGUGCGCAACAGACAUGAACAUCGUAAACACAGAAAAAGACAUUCUAGUUCACACAAAAAUACAAAGCUUAAGACUAGCAUUACCACUCGUGAUCUAGUUUGGAUGCUACAAACCGGUGAAGAUAAAAGUGAAAAGACUGAUAUUUUUACACAAGAACUGUUAUCUUUAUUUUCUGGGAAUACUACUUCCACUGCAUUUAUGCUAGAACAAGGAAGAAGAAUGCAUCAAAGCAGAUCUUUAGAUACAAAUGUUGCCAGGGACUUACUGAAUGGAAGUUCCUUACAAAGUCCAAACGAUUUAUCCACUACACUAUUAGCUGAUAGUGCCUUACCAGAAACUUCCACCACUGAUCAAAAUGCGAUUUGUACAGUAUUUCCUGAAACAUCUUUGCCAACUUCAUCAGUUGACACGAACCUACAUCAACAAUGCAUUAAACAGUUAGUACGUCAAAAUUGGGAUUUACGUACAUGGUUAAAUCAAAUGUCUGAUCGGUUAGCACGUCUAGAAUUAUUAACAUCUGGUAGAAUUGGACAAAAUGAUCAAACAAUGCAUUCGACAAAUACAAAUGGUAUAAAUACAAAUGGUGUAAAUGCCUCAGUUGAUCAAAUAAAAAUGUUUUCUAUGGGACAAAGUAAAUACGCCGCAGGACGACGUGUACUGCCAAAUUCAGCAUCUUUUAGUGUACAAAGCGGUAAUAAAUCAAUAACUGAUCACAAUACUCUCUCUUCUUCAUCGUUUUCUAAAUGGGACAGUUCUACAAAUUCUAAUAAUGACGCUAACUACAAACCUUUGAGCAGUUCUAAUCCAUUCAGAAUGCCUCGAUCCAUAUCAGCUUUAACUGGUAACAUCAAUGAAAUGAACACAACCAAACCUCAGUUUGUAUCACCGCAUACAGCUUAUAUGUCAAACAAGCCAAAUUAUUCAAUACCGACUGUGAGUAGUGAACUACCUAAAACUCCCAAUUUGAAUAAUUUUGACACAGUUUCUAAGGAGAAUACAAGUUUAGAAGAUGAUGAAUUCUUACAGUUGGCUAACAGAAAGGAGGUGUCUAAAAGUCAAAACAAAUCUAGAACACUGAAACAUUCUUGGUCGGUAAAAGGAAGCAAUGAUUUUGGUGCACUUGAUCAUCCAUUCAACACAACAGGUUUACCUCGUUCAAUCAGCGCAGUAAACAGUCCUCUGGAAACUAUGGCUUCAGAUACAACUAUUCCAGAUAACCAAGUAGUCAACCAAUCUACAGGUUCAUCAGUGCAUCAGACUACACAAAAUGAAUAUAUCCAUCUUACGAAUACUUCUGCAAGUCCUGCACAAUCAGACAGGUUGAAUUACAAAGAAACUAAUAGCCUUACAAGAGAAAAUAAUUCAGAUGCAAAUGACAAAAGUGUUAUAUCUAUACAAAAAUUAUUACCACAGCCUCCUAAACGUCUAAUUUCUACCACAAAUCAGUUUGAUUCAAAAAUCAACCAUCAUGAACAAAGAACUUUCCAGUCAAACUCGGAUGGUAAUAUUCUUACAGAUAUAAACGCAUCUAAUCAAUCUUUACAAGUUCAACCUACAAAGCUAUCCAAUGAUUCUAAUGAAACAGAAAAUUCCAACAAUUAUUUCCCAACAACUUCGAGGUGAGACAAAUUCAGGUAUUCGGUAUAGUUCAUCGACAAUUUCCUUUCAAAUGAAUACCGAUAAUGAAAUAAUCAAAAAAUUUCCAGUCAACAAUCAAUGUACAUAUACACAUGUCAAUGAAUCUGACAUGCAUACACUUCCAAAUUUAACAAAAUCGUAUAAUUCUGAAGACAAGUACACUUCAUCAACUGAUGAUGAGUGUACAUCAUCAACGAAACUAAACAAAACAUUAUUAAAAAAGUCGAAUUCUAUGCGUUACAAUAAUAUGUAUUCAUUACCGAUUAAAAGUACAACAUUAUCAUCAAGUAAAGAUAAAUUACUUAUGUAUGUUAAACGUAGUCUUAAAUUAACUAAUAUGCACACAAAAUGAACACUGUUCAAAAUUGAAAUGUCAACUGAUGACUUAAAAAAGAAAAAAAAACAACUCAGUGGUAUGUAUGCAAGCUGAAUGUUAAAAUUCUUGUCAACUCUGACAAAUUCACUUCCAACUACUUUUUUUUCUUUCUUUUAAGAUUAUUCAAAGACACUAAUGGAGUUGUUUAAAAUAAUUCAUAAAUUUCAAAAAGAAAAUAAGCAAGAAUUGUUGAAUACUGGGCAAUUAAUUAUUGACUAGGAAUCGUUGAAAUAAAUGCAAAUUGAUUUCUCUCAUAACUUCUUUACUCCAUUAGCAGCUAAAAUAAAGUUACUACUUUGUUUCAUUUCCCUAUAUAUUGCAUUUUUUUAAAAAAAAAAAACAACCAAUUUUGCACUUUUCAAUCCCUACUAUUUUAUCAAUCUUCAAUAAGUUGGAAUGUGUAUGUGUUUGUUUCUCUGUUUGGUUGGUUGUUUAUUUUCAACUUUCUCAUGUAAAUAUCUUACUCAUAACUUGUUCAGAUGAAAAGAAUUUUGCGAAAACAACUGAAGUUCUUCUUUUACUUUCGUCACCUUUCAAUAGAGUUGGUGGAGUGAGAACAUUUUUGAGAAAU